AUGGGCUGCAACAGCAGUGCAGUCGCUGUGCCUGAAGCGGUUGCACCCUCCACGGAGGUGGUGGCCGUGGAAAGCCUUGAUGACGGCUUGGACCGCUUGCCAGAGCUCAGUGUCUCUCAGCCACUACACGCACCCGAUGAUGCAGCUGCCUCGACGGGCCAAAAGAGCCACUUCGAGGACGAGCCGCGAGUUCCCAUGGCCUCGCCCGAGAGAGAGGCGCGCGACGCCAAGAGCGAGGCGCUCCGCGUGACCAAGCCCAGCCCGACCGUCAGCGUGAAGAGCGGCGGCGCGUUGAGCGCCAACGCCUCGCCCUUCCGCUUGUCGGUCUUCUCCACCUCGACGGACCGAAGUCUGCCAGGCGACAGCGCCUUCCUGUGGGGGAGCCCUCAAGUUUUGUUCCAGCGGUUCCAGCAACAAGCAGUACGCGGCGAGAGCCUCUACGACAGCGACGACGAGCACAGCGGAUCGCACCGCCGCCGCGGCGCCACGGCGUUCGGCGCCUUGGGCAGCGACCUGCCGUUCCUGAAGUGGUCAGAGCCGCAUCGCUUCCGGGAGAGGGCGCGUGACGGGCGCGGGGAGAACCCGGCGCGCUGGGCCCAGCCGCGGGCGUCGCGUCGGGGCGCCGCGGGACCCGAGCGGACGCCCGAGCCGCUGGAGCCGCGGCUGACGCCGGAGGAGCAGCAGCGGCUGGGGAAGCUGGCGGCCCGCGCGCGUGAGGUGCGCGAGCUCAUACGGCCGCAGCUGAAGUCGGAAAUGGACCUGGCAGAAGUCAUCGAUCAGGUGGCCCGUGGGAAUCACUUCGUGGAUGCUUGUCCCCAGGGCGCCGGUUCCGGAACCGCGCCGGACCUCGCGGGUCGCGGGACUCGGGGGACCUGCACCAGGUCCAUUCAUGACUCGAUCUGCGCCACGAUGGACUGGAGGGGCUGCGGAUUCCGCGGACCCGGCCGGACCCGGUCGCGGCACGCGGCUUCCCGCGGCGCCGAGGCGGAGUCGCUGCCGCACGCCGCCGAGACGCUGGGCGUGCAUCCCAGCGGAUUGGUCUUUCAGGCCUUGCUGUUGAGAGCAGGCGCCAAGUACGGUGGCCGUGGUAGUUCAGCGCCUGCAGUGGAGUUAGAACCAACCCUCAGUGAGGGCAAGGUGGAGAAGCUGGCCUGGGCAGCACGAGAGCUCACUGAACUGUUGCGGGUGAAGAUCCAGGAUGAUGGUGACCUAUUGCUUGCCAUGCGCGUGCUAGAGGAUUGCCGACGCUUCUUCCGUGCGCUGUCACUGGUGGCCGAAGGUUUCAAGACCUCCCUGUCUUUGGGAUCGAAUGCAGCCCCUCCACUCCGCAGUCAAAAGCGCCAGACACAUGUAGCAACGUGGCGCCACGAUGCGGCUGUUGACAGGGCACCCACGGUGCAUGAGAAGAGGGAGCUGUGGACACACUACUUGCAGAAGGCCACCAGCAUCCAGCCCAUCACUGAGGUGAGCGGAGCUGUGGUCGUGGCUCCAGCCUUGCGCGCAGCUUGGAUCAUCGGCCGGAGGAACUUGGAGAAGGCCGGAGCUGUGAUCUCAUCCUGGCGGUGGCGCGUGGUCGCGCGGAGGGCGCAGUGCAAGUACCAUGAGGAGGCCUCCUGGCUGUUUCUGGCACGGCGACGUGAAAAGGCUGCCGUGCAGGCCUUUCUUCGCUGGAGCCAUGCAGCCGCCUCAACGGCCUCAGCCCGCGCUUGCGGCCACCUACUCACUGCGCAGCGGGCACGGCGUGAGGCGCGCGAAGCGCAGCACACCCUGGCGCCGGUGCUGGCGGCCUGGUGGGGCGUGGCAGCAGAGCAGCGCCUUGAGGCGGCGGAGGAAGCGCUGAAGGUCGCUCUGAUGCUGGAGGCAGAGCCAGAGGAGCUGGAGCAGGAGCUCUACUUCUCACCGUGGAUCCCUGCAAGCACCACGAGCGGAUCCUCCUCCCGGCAACAGGCCUCCACGCAUCUGGCAAGCACCUCUCAACAGGGCCUGUGCUUCCUCGAGGCGCUGCUCUCGUUGGAGAGCAGGACCUGGAGAGGGCUGCCGAGCGGCGUUGCCUUUCGCGCGUGGCGACAGGUGGUGGAGAGUGUGAGGCUGCGUGCCAGAUGGGCCACUGAGCGACGUCGCGAGAGCUGGAGGAAGGAACGUUGUUUCAUCGCCUGGUGCGAGGUUAUGGACAUGCUGCAGCGCGGCAAACAGCUGGAGCGGAGCGAGCGGAGUGAGUUGGAACUCCUGACGCGAAUGACCUUUAUGGGUUGGAAGUCCUUUUCCCUGGGUGCCCGAUCUGCCCAAGAGCUGGGCCAGUUGAGACAUGCCCUGGCAAAGACGGAGUCCUUGGCGAAAGUGAUGCUGAAAGAUGCGGCAGAGGAGCUUCAAAGCAAUUCCACUCAUCUUCUUUGCCUUCUGAUCCUUCGACUCUGGCGUUGGCUUCCCGCCAUGCUCGCAGAGAGGUGCUCCCGAUUACAGACAGUCCGAGAUCCCAACUUUGUACAUAGUGACCUGGUGCCACGAGCCGUUCUCCACAGGUGGCAGGUCUUGGCGGCCAGAUCUCCACAGAGGUCCUGGAAGCGCUUGGUGCUCGGAUCGCGCCAGAAGCACCGCAAACAGCUGGCCUUAGAAAGCUUGGUGGAUGCACUGGAUGCAAGAGCCCGGAAGACACAACUCGGAGGCCCCUUGGCAUGCUGGGCGCGUUUGGUUGCGCGAUCCCUCCAGAAGCUCCGACAGCAGUGGGCCCUGGAGAGCUUAGUCGACGCCUUGGAUGCGCGGGCCACCGCCGCGCGAGUGGCUUCUUCCACGUGCCCGGACGAGGAAGAGGCCGCCAAGUCGGCACGCCUGACAACAAGGUGGGUCGAGCAACUCUUGGUCCAAGUGAGCUUUACGAGUUGGAAGUCCUCUUCCCUGGCUGCCCAGCAUGGGAGAGAGCUGGGCGAGUUGAGAUCUGCCUUGGCAAAGACAGAGUCCUUUGCGAAAGUGAUGCUGAGAGAUGCGGCGGAGGACUUUCAGGAGAACUCCAAUCAGCUUCUUUGCCUUUUGAUCCUUCGACUCUGGCAUUCACGUCUGGCCGGCCAGCAGUGUCGGAGCGGCUGGACCUCCCUGGUGGCUAGGCACUUCGAACGCUGGCAGCUGCAAAGGAUAUUGAAGGAGUGGUGCGCUGAAAAGCAGCGCCGGUCAACGCGACGUUGGCUGCAGGCGGAGAUGCAGCAGGCCGUCAAGGCGCAGCACUGCGAAGUCUUGCGUGCCGUGCUGAAGUGCUGGAGACUAUUGAGCUGCAAGGAGAAGGCAGCUAGACGAGAAGCGCUUCAGGUCUCCUUCAGUUGCUGGAGGUGUUUCUCUUCGGGAUCCCGAGCGGCAACGGCCGACUCACGCGCUGCACCACGCCCGCGCGCGGAGCCCACGCAGCCGGCGGAGCGGUGUGAGGUACCCAGCGCUCUCCUUUGGAGGCUUUGGUCUUCGUGGCGGGAGGCCGUCCGGAUGCGUCGCCUCACUCUGCGCUGGGCCCAAGCCUGGUGUCGCUCCCGACACCGCGAGUGGCUGCGCCGCUGCUUUCGACACUGGUGCGAGGCGGAACGCUCGGCGUCGGACGUGUCGCCGAUCCCAGUGGAGGAAGCUGUGACCGAUUUGGGAGAUGAGAUGCUAGAGGGAAGUUUUGCCAAGCAACCUGAAGAGGAAGAUCUGCCUUUGGAGCCGGAAGAGGGGGUCCAGCCAGAGGAAGAGCAAGCGCCUCCCACGGUCUUUCAGCCACUCUUUGAGCCGGUGACCGCCCAACCCGCCACGGCGUGGCCGAUGCCGGCGUGGCCGGUGGCGGCGAGCGAUCCAUGGCGGGAGCUGGGCGUGGAGCUGCCCGCGGCGCAGUCCCCGCGCCGUGAAGAGCUGGAGAAGCGGACCUACCUGAAGCGGAUGCCAAUCCUCAGGGAAGUGAUGCGGAGGUGGCGAGAGGCCAAAGUCUUGGAGCCGGUGGCGUCGUCUCCCUCGCGGCCGUCUCCCUCGCGGCCCGCCUCACGGCCCACCUCGGAAUCGCCCAAGAGGUUCCAGCGCGCGGUGUCUUUGGCCAAGCUGCUGCAGGACGCCGAGGCCGCUGCGCUGGAAGCGGUCAAGGUGGCAGAGCCGCUUUCUGCCUCCAAGGCUGAGCCUGACCGCUGGGGUGAUGAGACCUGGUUGCUGGCGAAGACCCGUCAGAUCUUGGGGCCGACCAGGAGAAAGGUGUUGUCGUGGACCCCUCCUCCAUUGUAG